ACACUCUCGCCGCCAUGUCUGGAAGAAGAAGAAAAGGCAUUUCGUCGAGACCACGGAUGAAGGAAAAGAUAGCGAAGAAUGCUAAGCCACGCUUUCAUUUCACCGUUGUUGCCGCACGUCGCGGCGUUUCGGAGGGUUUGGAUGCCCACGAAUCAAUUUCGUCGUGCUUGUUUUCGAACUAAGUCUAAGAAGAAUUGUACCACAACAAUGGCGGAUGAAAGCGAUAAAAUGAUCGAGCACCUCGUGAGUAUGGGUUUCGCCAGAGAUUUGGCCGCCGAAGCUUUGUCUGAAACCGGCGGCGAUUCUGUCCACAAAGCCACUGAUUGGAUUCUCACCCACCAGAGCAAAUCCUCCAGCGCAUCCAAAACCCUAAACCCUUUUUCCCCCGAUUCAACCAAACGCCCCAAAACCCAAAACCCUUUUGCUUUCGAUUCAAGCAAACGCUUCAAGUUGUCAUCGUCAUCGUUAUCUGGACAACAUCAGCAGCCGUUGUCGGAGCGAAUGCGGCCUCGGACUUUGGACGAUGUUGUGGGUCAGGACCAUCUCCUUUCACCCACUUCCCUGCUUCGCGCAGCUGUCGAUUCCAAUCGUCUUCCUUCUGUCAUCUUCUGGGGCCCACCUGGUACCGGUAAGACCUCCAUUGCCAAGUCUGUCAUCAAUUCGUGCAAGGACCCAUCUUCGUAUCGCUUCGUGUGUUUGUCUGCUGUGACUAGUGGGGUUAAGGAUGUUAGAGACGCCGUUGAGAGUGCCAAGAAGCUUAAACGCGAGGGUAAUAAAAGGACUGUGUUGUUUAUGGAUGAGGUUCAUCGUUUUAACAAGUCCCAGCAGGAUUCGUUCUUGCCUGUCAUUGAAGAUGGCAGUAUCUUGUUCAUGGGUGCAACCACUGAGAACCCUUCUUUCCAUUUGAUCACUCCAUUGUUGUCUCGUUGUCGAGUCCUCACUCUUAAUCCUCUUGAACCUCAUCAUGUCGAAACCCUACUCAGACGGGCUAUCGACGAUCCUGAGAGGGGACUCCCCAAGAGUAUCGAAAUCUCGAGCAUUAAGGUUGAGGAUUCUGUUGUCGAGUUCUUGGCUAAAAGCUGUGAUGGCGAUGCACGUGUCGCAUUGAAUGCCUUGGAAAUUUCGGCCACCAUGGCUGCAGCUCGAGGGAUUUCAGCCAACCAGACUAAUGUAACUGCUCAGGCAAUUGUUGUAUCUCUUGAUGAUGCAAAAGAGGCUCUCCAGUCCAAGCAUGUGGCAUAUGACAGGGCAGGUGACCAACAUUACAACCUCAUAAGUGCACUUCACAAAUCUAUGCGUGGAGGAGAUGCUAAUGCCGCCAUGUACUGGUUGGCUAGAAUGCUAGUUGGUGGUGAAGAGCCUCUUUACAUAGCGAGGAGGCUGAUAAGGUUUGCAAGCGAGGACAUUGGACUGGCCGACCCUUUAGCUCUUAACCAGGCUGUUGCUUGUUAUCAAGCUUGCCAUUUCUUGGGUAUGCCCGAAUGCAACGUAAUUCUCGCUCAAUGUGCCUCGUACUUGGCCUUGGCUCCAAAAUCUGUGGCCGUGUAUAAGGCAAUAGAGGCUGCACAAAAGGUGGUAAGGGACUCGGUUGGACAGAACGAGGGUGUGCCAAUUCAUUUGAGGAAUGCUCCGACCAAGUUGAUGAAAGAACUUGGUUAUGGAAAAGAGUAUAUAUACCCUCCCGAUGAUCCUUCUUCCGCGUCAGCUCAGACGUAUUUGCCACCAUCCCUUCAACAUCUCAAGUUCCUCGAUUGGCCACAAUGUGGUGAUCGUCGAGAAGAUUGAUCUCUGACUUCUAUAUCUCUGUUUCUCUGCAUCCUUUUCUUCAAUCUUUUUGCUCUUGUCUCUUGGCAAAGGGACUGUUUAGGGUUUUUACUUGUUUGUUCUCUCAAUGUUCAACUGCUCAAGUCUUGUUUUUUCUUUUGGUGGUUUCACUAAUGGUUAGUUGUGUGGGGUUUUGUUUCCUUUUAUCACUAAACUCUCCUUUUAUGUACUUUGCAUCUCAUAUCUCUAUAAGGCAGGUGUUGUACACA